AUGCUUCCCACCUCACCCCCCCUUGACCUGAUAGUCUCCGGCACUAUUGACCUCCCCCAGGGAAUGACUCUCGUCCUUUCUUUUGCGAUCGACGGAAUAAUCGGCACCAACUCCUUGCAAAGUUCAUACACAGUCAAUACUGAUGCGGUGCUAGUGAUGAUCCUAUUGCUGAGGUGGGAUGAAACAGUCCUCAUACCAGCUGAAACCCAUGCCUCGUACUACGUAUACUAUCAUUCUCAUCACAGCAGCAUCAAUUCAAUUGACUGUUUGUCAUGGUCACCAUGGAGCCCCGACUGGCCGGGACAUUUCCUGCAAUCUCCUGCACCUCCCCCCGAUCGUCUCCCUUUCCCCCCACGCCCCUAA